AUGUCUCAGCCCAACAAGUCUGUGAGUGGUGGUGAGGCACCAGGUCACGUGGUCGUCCCAGAGCCUCCGCAGGACAACAGGACCGCUGCUGGAGAUGCAGGAGCCAGCACAGACAACCUGGAAGACCGAGAGAUCAUUAAGUCUCCCAGUGAUCCAAAGAAGUACAGAUACAUGGAGCUGAGCAACGGGCUCCGAGCGCUCCUCAUCUCCGACUUCAGCAGCUCAGACGGGACAGGACGCAGCGAGAAACCUGGGGAGGAGGAGGAGGGUUCAGAGGAAGAGGACUCUGGUGACGGCUCCGAGGAGGAGGAGGAGGAAGAUCAGGACAGUGACUUUGUCGAGCUGGACAAGGAAAAGGUAGCGAAGAAGACGAAGAGCUCGGAGAAGCAGGCAGCUGCUGCGUUGUGUAUCGGUGUCGGGAGCUUCAGCGACCCUGACGACCUACCGGGUCUCGCCCACUUCCUGGAACACAUGGUGUUCAUGGGCAGUCAGAAGGACCCGGCAGAGAACGGUUUUGAUGCAUUCCUGAAGAAACACGGAGGAAGUGACAAUGCUUCCACCGACUGCGAGAGAACCAUCUUCCACUUUGAUGUUCAGAGGAAGUACUUCAGAGAGGCCCUCGACAGGUGGGCUGGGUUCUUCAUCUGUCCUCUGAUGCUUGAGGACGCAGUGGACAGAGAGGUGGAGGCUGUGGACAGCGAGUUCCAGCUGGCGAGGCCGUCAGACUCCCAUCGUAAGGAAAUGCUGUUUGGGAGUUUGUCCAAACCCGGACACCCUAUGAGCAAGUUCUUCUGUGGUAACGCUCAGACCUUAAAGCCCAAAGAGACACAGAUCAACACCUACGAGAGGCUGCAAGUCUUCAGGAGAAGAUAUUACUCUGCUCACUACAUGACACUCACCGUGCAGUCCAGAGAAACUCUGGACACUCUGGAGGAGUGGGUGAGAGAAAGCUUCAUGAAGAUUCCCAACAACGAAGAACCUCGUCCUGACUUCUCCCACCUGCAGCAGCCGUUUGAUACACCUUCUUUCAACAAACUCUACAGAGUGGUUCCUGUGAGGAAGGUUCACUCUCUGACCAUCAGCUGGGCCCUUCCACCACAGGCAAAACACUACAGAGUGAAGCCUCUUCACUUCAUCUCCUGGUUGGUUGGACAUGAGGGAACCGGCAGCAUCCUGUCUCUGCUCAGGAAGAAGUGCUGGGCUCUGGCCCUGUUCGGAGGAAACAGUGAGACGGGCUUCGACCAGAACUCCACCUACUCCAUCUUCUCUAUUUCCAUCACCCUGACUGACCAGGGCUACCAGAACUUCUACCAGGUGGUCCACUUGGUGUUCCAGUACCUGAAGAUGCUGCAGACUCUGGGCCCCCAGCAGAGGAUCUAUGAGGACAUUCAGAAGAUUGAAGCCAACGAGUUCCAUUUCCAGGAGCAGACGGACCCCGUGGAGUUUGUGCAGAACAUCUGCGAGAACAUGCAGCUGUUCCCCAAGCAGGACUUCCUGACCGGAGACCAGCUCAUGUUUGAGUACGACCCACAGGUGAUCAGCGCCGCCCUGACCCAGUUGACGCCCCACCGAGCCAACCUGCUGCUGCUGUCUCCUGAGAAUGAAGGUCUCUGUCCCCUCAGGGAGAAGUGGUUCGGUACCAGCUACAGCUGCCAGGACAUUUCAGAGGAGUGGGCUCGGUACUGGAGGAGUGACUUUGAGCUGAACCCGGACCUCCACCUUCCUGCUGAGAACAAGUUCAUCGCAACGGAUUUCACCCUGAAGACAUCGGACGGUCCGGACUCGGAGUUCCCCGUCAGAACCCUGAACAAUGAACGAGGCGCUCUGUGGUACAAGAAGGACCACAAGUUCAAGAUCCCAAAAGCCUACAUUCUUUUCCACCUGAUCUCACCACUGAUCCAGAAGAGUCCUGAGAAUCUGGUUCUGUUCGACCUCUUCGUCAACAUCUUGGUCCAUAACCUGGCUGAGCCGGCCUACGAGGCCGACGUGGCUCAGCUGGAGUACAAGCUGGUGGCCGGAGCGCACGGACUGCUGAUCCGGCUGAAGGGCUUCAACCACAAGCUGCCACUGCUGCUGGAACUCAUCGUGGACCAGCUGGCAGGCUUCAGAACUGGGCCGAACGUAUUCAACAUGUUCACUGAACAGCUGAAGAAGACCUACUACAACCACCUCAUCAAGCCUGACAGGCUGGCCAGGGACAUCCGGUUGAUGAUCCUGGAACCCUGCUGCUGGUCUGUCAGUCAUAAGUAUCAGGUCCUCGCAGACGGUCUCACUAUCGAACAGCUGAUGGCGUUUGUCACAAGUUUGAAGGUGGAGCUAUACGCUGAAGGACUUGUUCAGGGGAACUUCACAAGUCAGGAGUCCAAAGAGUUCCUGCAGCUCUUCACUGAGAAGCUGCAGUUCCAGCCUCUGCCUGCCGACGUCCCCGUGUCCUUCAGAGUGGUGGAGCUGCCACAGAAGCACCAUCUGUGUAAGGUCAAGUCUCUGAACAAAGAAGACGCCAACUCUGAGGUCACCGUGUACUACCAGUCGGGCCUGAAGCAGCUCAGGGAGCACGCUCUGAUGGAGCUGAUGGUGAUGCACAUGGAGGAACCGUGCUUCAACUUCCUGAGGACCAAGGAGACUCUGGGGUACCAGGUGUACCCAGCCUGUAGGAACACCUCAGGGGUUCUAGGGUUCUCCGUUACCGUGGGAACACAGGCCACUAAGUUCAGCUCAGAGUUUGUGGAGGCUAAGAUUGAGGAGUUCCUGCUGAGUUUUGGAAGUCGCCUGUCGGUUCUGAGUGACGAGUGCUUCAGGGCCCAGGUGAUGGCUCUGAUCAAACUGAAGGACUGCGAGGACACCCACCUGGGAGAAGAAGUGGACCGGAACUGGUUCGAAGUGGUGACACGGCAGUACGUCUUCGACAGACUCAACAGAGAGAUCGAAGUCCUGAAGGUCUUCACUCGGGAGGAUCUGGUCUCCUGGUUCUGGCAGCACCGAGGCAGCAGCAGGAAGCUCAGUGUGCACGUGGUGGGUUUUGGGGUGGAGGAAAACGACCCCCCCGAUCAGGGCGCUGCCAGCCCCGAAGACUCUGCCCCCUCGGCUUACGGUGAAGUGAGCCAGCUGACCUUCCUGCCAGCCUCAUCACUGAAUGAGGCCACGCCCAUCACUGACAUCAGAGCAUUUAGCUCCUCCCUCCCCCUCCACCCAUACCAUAAAAUCCUGUUUUAG